AUGUCGUCAACACCUACUACUUCUGUCAAUCCAUCAUCAUCUCGUGUUCAAUCAGCUAGUAAUGUAGCGAAAGAAGAAACACCCAUAGAAAAUAAUAAUGCAACUACAGAAAAAACAUCUCGUCCACCAUCGGCAUUACAAAAACUUCAAACUGAUACGUCAACAGCACCAGUAAUUGCUACUACUGAUAAUGGUCUAUCAUCAGAUGUUCCUGUUGCCGAAAAAGAAGAACCAAUUUUAUCUGAUCGUCCACCAUCAGCAGCAGUUAAGAAUGAUCUUACUGUUAAUCCAAUUCUUGAUUCAACAAAUACUGAACAAAAGAGUUCAAGACCAUCUUCGGCUAAUCCAAAAAUAGAUGAAUCAAUCUCACAUGGAUAUACUAUUAAUACAACAAAUUCACGACAACCAUCAGCAAGUCGAAAAGAUGCUGACUCAUCUGCAACUGCUCCAAUAAGUUCCAGACCACCAUCAGCUAAUCCAAAAACAAAUGAAUUAAGUUCACAUGGUUAUACUAUUAAUACAAAUUCACGACCACCAUCAGCAAAAAAUAACGAUACUGAAUUAACUACAGCUGCUCCAAUAAAUUCACGACCACCAUCAGCAAAAAAUAACGAUACUGAAUUAACUACAGCUGCUCCAAUAAAUUCACGACCACCAUCAGCAAAACAUAACGAUACUGAAUCAACUAUAGCUGCUCCAACAAAUUCAAGACCACCAUCGGCAAGUCAAAAAGCAAAUGAAUCCGUUAUAAACAAUUCCAUUGCUGCUCCAAUAAGUUCAAGACCAUCAUCAGUUAGCCAAAAUACAGAUAUAACAAGAUUAAGUAAUUCUAGUAAUAUUGUUACUUCGACAAAUUCACGACCACCAUCAGCCAAUACAAAAACAGAUUUAGUUAAUACAAAUAAUCCAACAACUCCACGAAUAGGUUCACGACCACCAUCAGCCAAUCCAAAAAUAGAUUUAAUUAAUACAAAUAAUUCUACAACUCCUCGAACAAGUUCAAGACCACCAUCGGCAAGUCAAAAACAAAAUGAAACAACUACAAAUGAUUCGGAUAUAACACAACCAUUCAUUGGACGUCCAUCUUCAGCAGCUAAAAGGACACCAACCGAUGAAUCUAAAAUUAUGAUUACUCUUGAUGCUAAUGCUGCAGUUAAUACUCCAACAGAAAAUGCACCAUCAUCUGAUGAAAAUAAACCAGUCGAACCUAUUUCUACUACACCACGUAUUGGUUCAGCUUCAAAAAAUCUUCAAACAUCAACAACUACGGAAAAUAAUAGUUAA